AUGAAGGAUUCAAUUGAAGGAGAUCCAGAAACUCAUAUCUACCAUCUUCCUGACGAACUCCUUGUUUUCCUCUUCAACAAAUUGGUAGAUGCUAAAUGCCUUUGUAGAUGCUAUAUUGUAUCUAAACGGUUUGCUUCCAUCAUAACUCAAAUUCAUGAUGUAUCAUUUGCAAUCCCUAGUCGUAACAUAAACAACAUUUCCAAUCAGCAAAAUGAUUUAUACCAUGAAGAAAGUUUUGCAAAGAAUGUGUUACAAUUUUUUGUUGAUAACAUCUAUACCAAACCUGUACGCUAUUUAAGGUACAUUUUUCUCCCCAAGCCACCACUUUCUGUCUCAUUUGAUCCCAUUGUUUUCCGAGCUUUCACCAAAUUUCUGAAAAAAUUAGGACGUGUUAAAUCUCUUCAUGUCGAGUUACCAUCUUUCCACGAAAAUCAGUCAGUGCUGAAAUGGGAAGCCGAGUUUGGGAGUGAAUUAAGCUUUUGUGUAGUUCUAUUUGCAACUACUUUCAGGAUAAUGCAAAUGGAAGAUUGUGAGAAUGAUGUUCGGCCAAUUUCACUUACAAAUGAGUUGCUUAGAUCGAGAGCUAAUCACGCGAUACAACGAUUAAUGGAUGCUUUAUGGAGGAAUCACAUUGUAAGACAUGUUAUAGAGGAUCACAAGGAGCUGAAGGAUUUGACAGUUUCUGAUUCAAAUAAAGAAGGUACACUUUGUUUGGGAGAGAACCAGAUUGCUGAACUCCAUGAUUUAUCCCCAACUUUACCAACAUCUGGCUAUGUGAAGAUAUGGCAUGCUCCUAUUAUGCAUCUGUUAACUUCUGGCCAUGUGAUGGAAGGGGCAACAGUGGUUAUGGUAAGGCUUCUUGAUCAGCAGUCUGCUGAUGAAGAUCGCAUAUUGAACAGGGUUUUUAAAGAAGAGGAGGUUUUCAGGGAAGCCGCAAAGGAAAUUUAUGAAAACUACAAGACUGAUGCUCUUACUUAUGUGAUUGAACUCAAUAUUCCUUGA